AUGUACUCCGACGACGGGGCGGGUCCUGGCCCUUACUCGGAAAUGUCAGGAGGAGCGGCGGCGAGAUACGACGGCCUGGGAUUCCUGUCGUACAUGCUGGCUGGCGCUGUGGCAGGAGUUGUGGAGCACACAGCGAUGUACCCAGUGGACACCAUUAAAACCCGGGCCCAGGCACUGGCGCACCCAGGCCAGCAGUUGCAUCGAUCCGCCCUCAAGCGUGCGCUAAAGGCAGCAUUUCGGCACGAUGGCUGGCCUGGCCUUUACAGAGGCAUAGGGGCUGUCGUUGCAGGUGCAGGGCCUGCGCAUGCUGUGUAUUUCCUAACUUAUGAGACAGCAAAGAAGCUUUAUGGCGGUGACAGGCCAGGACAUCAGGUCUUUGCCACUGGGCUUGCAGGUGCAACAGCAACGAUCGUCCAGGAUGCCGUGAUGACACCAGCUGAUGUUGUCAAGCAACGGCUCCAAUUGGUGAACACACCUUAUCGCAGUGUCUAUGACUGCACCACACGGACGUUUAGAGAGGAGGGUGUUUGGGCGUUCUACAGGUCGUACAGGACCACACUCUUCAUGAACGUGCCAUACAUGGCAGUGCAGGUCUCCACGUACGAAUCCUGCAAGAAGCUGAUGGGCUCUGAGGAGGAAGACGGGCUGAUGAUCCAGCUGACUGCAGGGGCCAUUGCUGGUGGCAUGGCAGCAGGUGUAACCAAUCCGCUAGACGUCGUCAAGACGAGGCUGCAGACGCAGGGCGUCACCAGCGCCACCACCUACAACAGAUCGGCUGUGAUCCCGACUAUGAAGCAGAUCGCCCGCGAGGAAGGACCGCGGGCGCUGUGGCGGGGGCUGAAGCCACGCGUCAUGUUCCACGUGCCGGCGGCAGCCAUCUGUUGGGGGACUUACGAAACUAUGAAAGCCUUGCUUUUGGAACGAAAUGGCUCCCAGUGA